AUGGACUUUGGACAGUGCAUAGACAGACAGCAUAACGCUAAAUUCCUAAUCCCAAAAAGGAGUAAACUAGCGCAUCUGUGGCACGCAGCUCUGCUGAGCGCCGCGCGUGCGCAGAGGGUCGCUCCUCCCCUCUCGGUGGCUGCGGCCUGGUUCUCUCCCCUCCCCCUCCCUUUCUUCGGCUCCGCGGGCAGGCCUGGCCUGAGACGCCCCGUGUCGCUGCGCGUCGCCUUGGACGAGGGGACUCCCUGCCGCCGUCUCCUUCGGGCAGGCUGUGGGCCUGGCUUACCAGGCCGUCUCCUGGCGCCCGUGGUAGCUGAGCCCCCGGGCUCCCCGCACCCGGAGAGGAUGUCUGAACAGACGGGCUUGGUGAUGCCGCAGAGCCUGGACAGGAGUUGCUGGGUGUGUUUUGCCACAGAUGAAGAUGACAGAACAGCGGAGUGGGUGAGGCCAUGCAGGUGCAGAGGCUCUACAAAAUGGGUUCACCAGACUUGUCUGCAGCGAUGGGUGGAUGAGAAACAGAGAGGGAACAGUACGGCUCGAGUAGCUUGUCCUCAGUGCAAUGCCGAAUACUUAAUAGUCUUUCCAAAGCUAGGUCCGGUCGUUUAUGUCCUGGACCUAGCAGAUCGCCUUAUCUCAAAAGCCUGUCCGUUUGCUGCAGCUGGAAUAAUGGUGGGCUCUAUCUACUGGACUGCUGUCACUUACGGAGCUGUAACAGUGAUGCAGGUUGUGGGUCACAAAGAAGGCCUUGACGUAAUGGAAAGAGCCGAUCCCUUAUUCCUUUUAAUUGGACUUCCGACCAUCCCAGUCAUGCUGAUAUUGGGAAAGAUGAUUCGCUGGGAAGACUAUGUGCUUAGACUGUGGCGCAAAUAUUCUAACAAGCUGCAGAUACUGAACAGCAUAUUUCCAGGGAUUGGAUGUCCUGUUCCUCGUAUUCCAGCUGAGGCCAACCCUCUGGCAGAUCACGUCUCUGCCACUCGCAUUCUGUGUGGAGCUCUUGUCUUUCCCACUAUUGCUACGAUAGUUGGCAAGUUGAUGUUCAGCAGUGUUAACUCGAAUCUUCAAAGGACAAUUUUGGGUGGAAUUGCAUUUGUUGCUAUAAAAGGAGCUUUCAAGGUUUAUUUCAAACAGCAGCAAUAUUUGCGACAAGCGCACCGGAAAAUUUUGAACUAUCCCGAGCAGGAAGGAGCAUAAAAGUCUGUCAGUGUGUGAUUCUCACAGUCUCAUCUGCUGUGUCUGGCAGCAUUAGACCAACUCUGUUGUUUGCCUGCAGAAGUGGAGUUUGGACAAUAUGCUGCUGAUAUGUGUUCUCUCUUUGUGUCUGUUUUUUCCACAUAGAAUAAUAAAGGACGUGGCCAGGUAAAAACCUCCUUAGUUGUUGAGCCUGAAGAAUGUGAUCUGUGUUUUCCUUGGUGCGUUUUCUUUGAGGCAGAAGACAUCUAAAACAUUUCUCAUGGACAAACGUUGCCUUCUUUCCAGACAGAAGGCGAAACAGUUGUAAAGUUAAUAAGUUAUGUGGAGAAUAUAUUGCAUUUUUGUAUGCUUAUUACAGUUAGAUGUACAGUACUUUGCUAUGUGGCCCAAUAUUGUAGGAUUUUAAAAAUAUGCAUUUGAUGGUUUAUUGCCAAGUGGAACUGUGAAAUGUCAGUUAAUAGGAGUCCCUUAUUCAUAGAAGUAGUUAAACAAUGAAGUGGAAGUUAAGUCAAAUUAAUGAUAACGGGCACAUGUCCAUUUCUAGCUAGUUCAUGUAGCCCAUCAGAACAACCCAGCCUGCUAAAAAGGUUUAAAUUAACAAACUAUGUUUUGCUAAGCACUAGGGAUUCCCACAAAUUCCUUCUUUUUCUGUUAAAAAACUUUCUUUUGGCUUUUUGGUUGUAAUGCAAGUAGUUCUAUAUACAACUGACUCAGUUUGCCACUUGUGAAAUUGAAAAACUGAAUUACAGCCCCCUUUUAAAGAGUUGCAAUAUUAAUGCUAUGCUGUGGAAUCUCAGCCAAAUAGCGGAAUUGUUACCUCAAGCUAAAUUUAGAAGCAAAACCAGUAUCGGCAGUAGACAGCCAUAUCUAAAAGAAUGUAUAAAUGUUUGGAUAUAAACAUUGAAAACACUGAUUUCCCAGGUACAGAUGUUAAAGAUUGGACCAAGCAGUAAUUUCUGUAGAUGGGUUUUCUGUCAGUGGAAUGGGACAUUCUUCCCCCCCCCUCCCCCGCCACUGUAGCCCCACAAUAUUCCCUGAAAUGUUCCCCGUUGGUGGAAAUGAAACACUACAUAGCAUAGUUUCUGAGCUGUAAAAUGUUUGUUAUUCAAUUUGCACAGAUUUUCAAUUUGUCUCUUUUGAAAGUGUGUCCCAUUGAUUUUGUGUGAGCUCUAGAUAAGGCAGCUUAGGGUAAGGGUUUUUUUGCGGGGGGGGGGGGGAACAGGCGCUUACACGGUCCCUUACAACCAGGGAGAGACUCAAAUUCAUGUCUGAGUUGAGGUGCAUAAAUGAUACACUGAGAUUGCACUUUUUUUUUUCUUGACCACAGAAAUGUAAGUACAUAACGUGAAAUGUCAAGUUUGUUAGAGUGGUUCAGACUGUAGCCACACAAUAAGCAGCAAUCAUCUUGGCUUUAAGGUGGUAUUUAUUUUGGUGAAUUCAUUAAAGAACCAUUAGGUGUCUUUCAGGCUCUCAAAAUUAUGUUCAAACAGUAUAUCUGAUGCAUGGAGAAAAGUAAUAAGCUCUCCUUCAUGAGUAAAUAAGAGUUUUUCACCAGAAUGAAGCAAAGGAGGAAAGAGGCUUCAUGUUUGAUUGCAAUAAUGUAUGCAAAAGAACUAUUAUGGUGAUUUUUCCAUAGUAAGCAUUACUUUUAAUACUGAAAUGUAAUUAGAGUGUAUAAAAAAACGUGUAUAUAAUGACCAACUAGUAUUCCAACACUGGGUUAUGUGAAAAAUAUAAAGCACAAGACGACAAUUUAGUUUCUUCUUGUAAUUAUGGAACAAAAUUGCUAUUAAGUGUAAGUUGCAAUUGGACUUUUGAGAUGUAUUUAUAUGCAGCAAGAUCAUACAAGAUGCUGGCUUUCUAUAAAAUAGAUUUUCAGUGCUGUGAAACAUUUUUUGCAGAAAUCUUCAUGGCUAGGAGGACCCUUCUGAGCAGUCUUCACUGUAUCUACACCAGCCCUUUGUAUCUGCUGGUUUUUAAAAUUCUCUUACAGAAUCUAACAGUGAAAAUUAAUGGGUUUGAAAUUUGUUCUAAUGUCAUCUUUGAAAAUUGCUGAAAAUAUUGUACAUCUUAUGAUUACUAUACUGUGAAGAGUAUGGAAUUUUAAUUUCAGUAUCAAAACACAUUACGUUGGUUAUUGUGCAGUUAAAAUGUUUUAAUGGUGAAAUUUAUGAUUGCAUACUAGAAUAGAUUGAAUAAAUUUUUUUACAUUC